UUUGAAAAUUUGAACACGAAGCUAAAUUCCAUUGACAAAUGACAUUGAAAGGUCAUCAAAGCCUUUUGAGGUCAUCUUCUUCUUCAAUCAUAGAGGCCCCAUCUCACCCCUGUUCUCUUGGAACCCAAGGCCUCAAAAAUCACCAUCCACAAGAGGUUCUUGACUCACUAGUCCUUCCCCAAAAUUAGACAUGGCAGAAAACAAGCCUGCAGAGAUCACAGAUUUCCAAAUUAUGAUCGCAAACAAAGAUGAUAACAAGAAGCUGUUAGCUCCAAAAAGAAGCUCCACCAAAGACAGGCACAAAAAAGUGGACGGUAGAGGCAGAAGAAUAAGGAUGCCAGCUCUAUGUGCAGCCAGGGUUUUCCAGUUAACACGAGAAUUGGGUCACAAGUCUGAUGGUGAAACAAUUCAGUGGCUAUUACAACAAGCUGAACCGUCAAUUAUAGCUGCAACUGGUAGUGGUACUAUUCCAGCUUCAGCUCUUGCGGCUGCAGGGUCCUCUGUUUCUGAACAGGGUAACUCUGUUUCAACAGGUUUGCAUACAAAGAUGGAAAGCCUAGGAGGAUCAGGUAUUGGGUCCGGUGGUAGGGUCAAUUGGACAAUGAUGAGUGGAAAUUUGGGUAGGCCUCAUGCGUCAACUGGGAUGUGGCCCUCCAUUAGUGGUAUUGGGACAGGUUUUGUUCAUAAUCCAAGCCAGACAAGCUUGAAUUUUGGGAGUGAAAACUCGAAUUUUCUUCCCAAAUUUGGAUUCCAUGGGUUUGAAUUUCCAAAUAUGAAUUUGGGUCCUAUGAAUCUUUCCGCAAUUAUGAGUGGAACUAACAGGCAAGUGGUCCCUGGUUUGGAACUUGGGCUUUCUCAAGAGGGUCAUAUUGGGAUGAUAAAUCCUCAAGCUUUGAGUCAGUUUUACCAACACAUGGGGCAGAGCCGAGGUGAUGCAGAUUCCUUGAAUCAGCAACAGGAACCUUCUGACAAGGAUGACUCUGAAGAAUCAAGGCAGUAGCUAAAAGAGAGAGAGAUUGAUCAUGACUUACAGCAUAGCUUUGCUUGGACUAAGAAGCUAAGUAGAUUAUUACGGUAUUGAAUGGUUAGAGUUUAUUAUUGAGAAAGUUGGGAAUUCAAUUCAGUGUUUUUAAUGUAUUGGGUUAAAUACGAUAGGUGACUAGCAGGAUUGCUCUUCUUUGUACAACAAAAUUUUCAUCCUUGUCUGCAAAUACAGGAUGAAUUACAAAGAGAGCAAUAGUUUGGAGGUUUGAUUUCUCUUUGUUUCUUAUUGGUUAUGAGGUGUAAUAUUGUCAUCAAAUGUCGUAUUGCUAGGAAUUUUCAAUUAUUUGCUUACACAUAUAUUAAUAUUAUAUAUCGCUUAAGAGUAAUCUCUUU